UGCCGCGCGUUCUUGAGCAGCUGCAGUCGAGCGCGCCCAGCCCGUAGCCGUGCGUCCGGGGCUCUCCUGCGCGCUCCCGCUCCCCGGGGCUCGGAACAGCCAGGACACUUUCGGGGCGUUCGUUGGGACUGAGAUUCCAGGUCUGGCGAUCGUUUCUGGCUGCCGGAUCCCGUGCGGUCCUGGGGAACCCCUAGAAGCUCGCGCAAGCCGUCCGUGUCCCAGCAACUUUCCGCACGCGGCGAUUCGGCUGUGGACAGAGCCACGGGCUUUAAAAGCAGUUCUGUGGAUCCGGGGGUUGUGCUGCCGUCCACUUCAGAGUGCUUGGGUAAUCCACUUAGUUUCCAGGUAACGUAUGUUAGAAUAUCUACUGGGUUGGAAACCACAAUUAUGAUGCAAUCGAGACCAUACUUGACAGAGCGAGGCAGCAUGGACGCCGUCAGCCAGGUCCCCAUGGAAGUUGUGCUCCCCAAGCACAUCCUGGACAUCUGGGUCAUUGUCCUCAUCAUCCUGGCCACCAUUGUCAUCAUGACCUCCUUGCUGCUGUGCCCAGCCACUGCCGUCAUCAUCUAUCGCAUGCGGACUCAGCCCGUCCUCAAUGGGGCUGUCUGAGAACCUCCCCGGAGGGCCAGGUGAGGGGAUGAGGACUGGAACCCCCUUUCCCAGCCUCUUCCCCUUUCUCAGAAAAGCAACAGGAAGGACUUUGGAGCUUGGACUUCAGAGCAUUAUGUGAGAGGAGACCUCACGUCUACUUUUGAUUCUGCCACUGGCCAGCUGUGUGUUUGGCUGAGGGACCUAACUCGAUGUGUCAGGUUCCUAAUCUUUCAAAUGGGGACAAUGGUCCCUGCCCUUCCUACCUCAUCAGGUUGUGAGAAUCAAAUGACUUUGUGGAGGUAAAAGCUAUUUUUGAACAGUAAAGUCACCACAGAUAUACAAGGUGUUACUGCUAAGUGCUGAGAAGCUUUGAAGAACCAAUGAACCUAAUUGCUGAUGAUGGCCUUAAAGGUGAUGAGGGUAACACUGGGGGCUGAGCAGCCUUUUCUAGUGCCUCUCAGGUCAAGCUGAGCAAAAGGCACCUUGUCCUCAUUCCAAGGAGUCAGCAGCACAUUGGCUCAAAGUUAUUUUCUUUGAGGUGCCAGUCCCUCUAGUUUUCUCAGCUAAGAGGGAAUUGAGCAUGGUAGGGGGAGGGAGAUAGGUGGAACUUCCCACGACCUUCUUGGGGCCAGAAUCUCUGCCCCUAUGCAAUCUGAUGGAAGACUCUGUCAUUUCUUCACACUGCUAUGGGAGCUGGGGUGAUGGGCUAACGUACUUCCUUUCUGCACUUGUGUCUCAUCUCUCUGUAACUUUUGACACUGAAGCAGCGAAGGGAGAUGCAGGUGGCUGUUUCCUGCCCAGCUUUCAGGAUCUUCAGCCCCCAUCCCCUUGUGUGCUCCUCACUAGAGAAGCUCUGCCCCCUCGGCUGCAGCUCCCACAUAAUAAGCUCAGUGGUAUAACGUGUGCUCCCUUCACACCCUCCCACCACACUGCAACUAAUCUAAGAUAUAGACAUAUUUUAAGAGAAGUUCCCGGGACUUUGGAAUCAACUCAACACAAUGAUGGUUAUUUUAGAUGCUAUGAUAGAUGUAUUUAUAGAGAGAUUUCUGGAUCAGUCAAGCUGUUUGAUACCAAAAUCAGCAACAUCCUGGGACUUAUUAAAUUAUAUUAGAUGCUAGCACAGAUAUCAGGAUACUAUUAUGUGGAAAUGAUGUUUUUAUUCUGAUCUGAUUUCAUUGAUAUACACAACUAAUUUCCAAUAAAGUGCCAGAAUGAGCUUGUCUGAAGUCUUUCUUUAAAGAGCACCUAUUAAAUUCAGGAAAUCAGAUAAAAAGGAUUCCAUUGAAUUUAUGGGCCUUAGAGACAGUUUGAACAUAAGAACAGCCAGGAGAAGAAUCAAAUCAACUUUCAGGGUUUUAGCUUGGGCAAGUGGGUGAACAGUUAUGCAGUUUACACAGAUGUAGCAUGUAAGGGGAGGAUUAGAUUUUGGAAGUAAGACGGUGGAUUUAGUAUUGGGCAUGUUGAAUUUGAGGUGCUUAUGAUAUUCAGGUGGACACAUUCAAAAGGCAGUUGUAAAUCUGGUUCAAUCCCCUGGGAAAGAUCUCAUGGCUGCAAUUAGGGUUUGGAAGAUUAUCAGCAUAUGGCAGAUAAAGCCACAUGAGAAAGUUGUGUGAACAACAAUCCAAAGGUUUGAGUACAAUGUAUAGUAGCUUUUGGAAUGAGAAUGAAAAUACAAAUUACAAAUCCAAAUUUAUUGGCCACUUUGGAAAAUCAACGGUUUGGUCAUGAAAAGAGAAACAAUUGCAAUAUUUAUAGAGUGCUGGUAAAUAUUGUCCAUUCAAAAUGCCAAAUGAGCUCUAUCUGAUAAAAUGUUAAGCAAUGAAAAGCAAAAUACAAAAUUGCACCUACUCAGUGGCACCUCCAGAAUUUAUCCAGAAAUUUAGUGUUUUUCUUUUAAGGCAAAUGGUUCUCAAACUUUAAUAUGCACCAGAAUCAUCUGGAGUGUUUUUUUUCUUUUUUAAAAAAUUUUUUAUUGUGGUAACAUAUAUACAACAGAAAAUUUCUCUUAUUAACCACUUUGAUGUAUACAAUUCAGUGAUAUUAAUUACAUUUGCAAUUUGUGCUACCAUCACCACCAUCCCUUACCAAAACUUUUUCAUCACCCCCAAAAGAAACUUUGUACCCAUUAAGCAGUAACUCCCCUUUCCUCCUUGACCCUAGUAACAUGUAUUCUACUUUCCGUCCGUAUGAAUUUGCACUUACUAGGGAUUUCGUGUAAGUAAAAUCACGUUUGUCCUUUUGUGUCUGGCCUAUUUAUGUUAUAUAUAUGUUAACACAAUAAAAA